GGGUAUCAGCUACUUCCUGGCCCAAGUGUUGGUGAUGGAACUUCUGAUCAGCUACUUCCUGAUUUCAGAGGCAUCCAGCUACUUCCUGGUCCUCACCUUCGCGAUUCCACUUGCUCUAUUUCAGUGGAUUCCGAACAUGCCGACCUAACCAUAUGUCAUUUCUGGGAAAAUCUUAAGCUCAGAAAUGAUCUUGAUGCUGAGAGUAUCGAACUAUUAAGAAUAUCAAGUAAAUAUCAGGCGCAAAAAGUUCAAAAUGAUUACGAAGAUUUGAUGAAGACUCCAUGUAACAAGCAUUUUCUUAAUAGUGCAAAUAAUGAAAUAAUGGCCAAAAGGUCAGUUUUACCAGAUUUGAUAAAGCCAUUAUUAACAUUGGUUAAUGAUGACGAAAAUGAUAAUGUUCCGGAUCCGAAUGAAAUUAUCUCCUAUCAACCCACAAAUGUAAAAUCUUCCUUAGGCAAAUCUGUUGAAGAUAUCUUUACAAUGAAUUUAUCCAAAAAUUUAAAGCAUAUAAACAGAAGAAAAGGCUAA